GCUACAGCUAAAUGAUCUGACUGACUGUUGUGAUUUCUCUAGGAUUAUCUGCCUGAGUCUCACAGCCCCAGUCUGGAUGCUUAAGGACAGAUGUCCACUUCCUGUUUCAUUCCACUUUGGAGUCUAUUCACAGCCUUCACUCUUUGGCUAAGAAACGCGGUGAAACGCCAGGGAUAUGCAGUGAAAUACACUCACGGGCCUAUUGUGGUGCCGUUUUAGGCUGUAAGCUAUUUAUUUGGGCUAAUGUGGAUUUUACCAGCAGUUACUUUGCCGUAGAAUUGUGUUGCGUUUAUCUCCGUUACAGCUGUCGGGGGGCGUUUUUGCAGGAUUUUCCCUCUGCUGAAUUUUUCCCCUUUGCAGCAUCAGUAGCACAGAGCCAGCCUCCGACCAGACUACGCUGUUCCUGCUUGCACUGUGGGAUUUUUUUUCCUAAGGUCUGGAACCAGGAUUAUUAGGCACAAGGACGGCAAAACAAAACGGCCCGUCUGUUGCUGCACAGGAGCGUCACAAGUUCGCGCAGAUUCACGUUAGAAAAACAGACAAACAUGUCAGCCAGAGGAGGAAAGAAGAAGGCCACCAAGCUGUCCCGUUCAGCCAGGGCAGGUGUCAUCUUCCCGGUGGGGCGUAUGAUGCGGUACCUGCGCAUUGGCACGCACAAAUAUCGCAUUGGCAUGGGGGCUCCUGUGUACAUGGCAGCUGUCAUUGAGUACCUUGCAGCUGAGAUUUUGGAGUUGGCAGGAAAUGCAGCACGGGACAACAAGAAAGGCCGAAUAACUCCGAGGCAUAUCAAGCUGGCUGUGGCCAAUGACGAGGAGCUGAACCAGCUUCUGCGAGGAGUGACCAUAUCAAACGGAGGGGUUCUACCUCGUAUCCACCCAGAGCUGCUCUCCAAGAAGAGGGGAGGCCGAGUGAAAGUGGACAGCCAGGCGUCUGUCACAGACAAGCAGGAGGAACGCUUGAAGAGCAAGAAACCCACCAAAACCUUCAAAAAGGUUAAAGGCAAACGAGGGCGCAAGCCAAAGAGCACAGACAAUGACAAAGAGGCUGUAUCAAACUCCACAGUGGAAGACGGUCCCGGUGAUGGAUUCACCAUCCUGUCAGCAAAGAGUCUCUUUCUCGGACAGAAACUUUCAUUAACAGAAAGUGAAAUGAGUAAAAUUGGAACAAUCAAGGUGGAGGGAAUAAUUAACCCAACCAAUGCAGAGCUGGACCUCAAAGAUGGUGUGGGCAACGCCCUGGAAAAAGCUGGAGGUCGAGAGUUCCUGGAAGGAGUUAAGGAGCUGAGGAAAGCACAAGGGCCUUUGGAGGUAGCAUCAGUGGCAGUGAGCCAGGCCAGUGGAAUGGCAGCCCGCUUCAUCAUCCACUGUAACAUCCCACAGUGGGGCUCAGAGAAGUGUGAGGACCAGCUAGAGAAGACUGUGAAGAACUGCCUCUCAGCAGCAGAGGAGAAGAAGCUCAAGUCUGUGGCUUUCCCCUCGCUGCCUGCUGGACGGAACGGAUUCCCAAAGCAAACAGCCGCUCAGCUCAUCCUCAAGGCCAUCUCCAACCACUUUGUGUCCUGCACCAGCUCCUCUCUGAAAAACAUUUACUUUGUGCUGUUUGACAGCGAGAGCAUCGGAAUAUACCUUCAGGAAAUGGCCAAGCUGGAUGCCAAAUGA